AAUUGAUAACGAGUGAGAGUGAGUAUUGAUUCAAAAAGGUGAAUGCUAAAACUUUCCGCCUGGAAGCUAUGGUGAGGCACCUUGUUACGCAAACAGUUAUGCUCUUGUUAUAAAGCUCCGUCUGACUUAUAGAAAAUGAAUUCACCCUAGUGGUAUGAUAUCUACUAACGUAUUCUUGGAACACUUGCAGAAUGGAUUACAUUGACACAACAGAAAAACUUCUGAAGUCUUUGAAUGGCUUGCUGUCCGCAUUAACUCGGCAGAUAAACUGUGGAGAAGACACGUUCCUCCACCAAGCUUCUCAAUUUGUACAAUUCGCCAUCACCACAUUGGAAAAACAGGACCCCACGUUGAAGAAACAGAUAAAUAAGGGAAUAGACUUUAUCGUUUCUUCGAUUGCUUCAUUGGUUACAAAAGUUGUAUCUUCGGGGGCAAUUUAUAAUGCCACUGUCUUUGUCAGUCAGGAGAUAGGUGAAUUUUUUAACGAUGGUUCUAUACCUAAAAUCAUGCGCAACAAAUAUGAUGAGCUUGUACGCCGUCUCGCCACUGCGCUGGAGAGGAAGAGAAACAUCGAGUAUUUGUGUAGCAAGCUACUGGAUGAGGUAAGAACUACCUGUAAAUAAAAAGGAACCUGUCCUAGUGGUGGAUCUUGAAUAGGAGCUUCCCAACAUGCAGCCCACUCUGCUUUCACACACUAGUGACACUAGGGCAUCAAUGAUAUGACCAAAAUUAAACUGAAGGUGUCACCCGCUUGCAGGAUCUACCUUUAAGUUAUUUAUAUGGCAGUUUAAUACGUGUGGAUGCCCAGUAUUAGUAAAAAAAAUCACCAACCCCCGCGCCGUGAAGCAUUUCUUAUGUAAAAAAAAUAUUAAUUGAAAUAUUAAGAAUUUUAUAUCAUAGUCGUAAGCUGGCUCUUGUAAAAUAUUAAAAUGUUGAGAUAAAUAAAAAUGUUUCCGUUAAUUUGUCCUUAAAUUUUGUCCACCAUUCUACAUAGCUUAAGAUCCAUGGUAAAAACAUACUUAAAGUUUAAAUUCAACAAAAAUUUCAAUAUACAGUAAUAAUUUUUUUUCCUAAAAAAACGCUUUCGCAAUAAUCAUCUUUGUUUAAGCAAGAAUUUUGAAAAUAGCGCAAUGUUUAGUGUACUCGAUAUAACAGAUCUCUGCAUUCUUUGUAAGAUGGUGGCUCUCUUUUCUCCAACAAGUUCCUUUACUGUUUGACUCACUGACUGACUAAAUAUCCAUCCCAGAAUAUCAAGAACGAUGUUGUACCAUAUCAAACUUUGCCUAUUGUUCAGGUUGCAUUUUUGGAAGACAAUCAGACAGUGCUUUCGUUUCUUUUGUACAUGUUUCACUUGGUAGCCAGGAUUUCUCUCCCUCAAUUGCCACAUUAGUGGACUAUAUUUCUGUGCCUUCUCCUUCUCUUUCACUAUCUCACCAAGGACAGCUCGUUUCAAUGGCUAAUACUCGUCUCUGCAUUUUGUCGAAUAUUCUGGCGUUUAUUCUGUUGGCCCUCAUCACCUCAAUGCUGUCUGCAUAAACCGUUACAUCCCAUAAUGCUUGCGCACGUCCAUUCUCAUACGACGGUUGGGUUGGGUCUUUGAAUACCAUGGAGAUACUUCAGGUCCUUCAGCAUAUCAAAGAACAGAGUUUUAAGAGUUGCGUUAUGCCUCGCGAGUAGCAGGCGCUUGGAAGUAGUGGGCGAAAAAGAGAACGGGCGCGCGAGAGGGGGACAUACGAGGGGUGAGGGAGCGCCUGCACUGAAGGCCCCCGAAAAUCGUUUCCCGCCCCCAACCUAAUUACCCGGCAGCCGUUGCGUGAUUUGACAGAAAACGACUGACCUUGCACAAACAAAGCGUGCCGCCAAAAAGCGUUGUACAUUUUAUCUUCGGUCUAAAUAUAUCUGUUAUAAAGAUCAGCUGGGUUAUCCGAUAAUAGAGCGAUGGAGCAAUAAACUGAUGGCACAUAGCUUUAAAUCGUUUUUAACCACGGGCACAAUAAAUAGGAAAUAACAAAGUCAAAACUGGGUAUCUUUUAAAGAAUGCAUGCUGUGUAUUAUAAAAAAUUAAAAAUAUUGUUCUCUGAGCUUACUUAGCCACAACUGUACAGACAACAACGAUCACAGCGUACGUGGAAAAUGACCAUAUUUACUGCGGUAAAUGGCAGCCAUUUUUAGAGCAGACAUGUCUUACUAAGUGGACCUAAGCUUGAGAACACAAACUGUACCGACACGUUUUCUACUGCAGUAAUGAGACAUAAACAACAGACCUCAGUUCGCCUCCGAACGGCGAAUAAUACAGUAGUCUGAAUAGUGAAACGUUUUUUCAAAUUCAUGCCCCUGGUAAGUGUUACAUUUCAUCAAUCAUGUCCAAGUUUUGAACACAGCAUUGUUGAACGUAUUCUAGUAUUUAAACGGUAGAUAUAGGCUUAUUUUUAUCCCCUAAACAUUUUUUAUCUGUUCGGAUUUCCUUGCUGAAAGUCUAGUGAUCCUAAAAUUAUAGGGAUCAAAACUUACGUUUCCAAAAAUUUCAUCCAGAAAAAAGGCUCCCGAAAAUUCUAGGUGACCUUUUUAGGGUAAAAAUCCGUUAAGGUGUUUCGAUAUAGUUGUUCAGAGGCCAUACUGGUAUUUUUCAAUCGCUUUAAAACUGAUUUUAUUCUUGUCUGGUCGCUAUAAAAUUUUCAACAAUGAUUGACUAUAGAUUGAAAUUUGUCAAAAUGUGGGUUUUAUUAAAAUCGAUAUUAUUAUGACAACGAUAAACAAAAAACUUUGAAAUUGAUAAACGCCUAAUUUUGCGCGAUCUAGACCAGCUACUGAAAAUCCAACACUUGAAACUUAAAGAUUGAUGUUUAGCAAAUAACCUCCGUGAGUAGUAAAAAAUUCUGUAUGUUUGAAUUCGACUAAAACAAAAAUAUGUAUCACACCUUAAAUUUUCAAUAACCGUGAUAGAUUGUUUAAAAAAAAACGUUAUAAAUGAUUCCAAUUAUUCUUAAGUAGCGUCAGAAUGCUUCUUAAUAUCAUACUUCGAUACUAGGAAAUUUUGGUGUAUUUUCGUUCUUGCGAUCUUAAAAACUAAGACGUUUUCUCAUCACCUGUCAAAGUACAACUUCAUUCAAAAUUUGGACUUUUAGCGCUUUUUUGUAUAUCUCUGAAACGACUCGAACGAUUUUUUUUUAAAAUCUCUUCACAUAAUCUUCAUAAUGUAUAUAAUAAUUUCUGAAACUUUCAUUGAUUGAUUCACUGUAACACCUUGAACCUAUCCUACGAAUCGGUCAAAAAUCUGCGUUACAACAGUCACUGUUUUGACGUUAUGCUAAUUUUUCCAAAUUAAUGCGGACAAUACAUAUAUCCAUGACUAGUACAUUUCAGUGUGAGUAUUGUCAAUGUUUUACAUGUAAAAGAUGCGAUAAAUUCAAACUAAAAUGUACUAGUCAUGGAGGUAUGUAUAGUGCGCAUUAUUUUGAAAAAAUUAGCAUAACGUCAAAACAGUGAACGUUGUGACGCAGAUUUUUGACCGGUAAGUAGGAUAGGUUUGUCUUAAAAUUUCAAGGUGUUGCAGUGAAUCAAUCUUAAUGAAAGUUUCAGACAUUAUUAUAUACGUUAUGAAAGGUUAUGUGAUGAGAUUUUAAAUAAUUCGUUCGAGUUGUUUCAGAGAUAUACAAAAAAGCGCUAAAAGUCCAAAUUUUGAAUGAAGUUGCACUUAUUGCUGGUUUUCAGUGUCACGUUAUUCUAAAUAGAUCAAAAUAAAAAUCAAACCGUUCAUUACAUAAAGUCCAGAAUCUGGUAAAUGAAAGGAGGUACAUAUACAAAGACCCUCGCCAAGAUUCAGGUCAGAGGAAUCUUUCGUAUACGAGAUAUCCGAAGAAAUGUUUUACCCAAACUUAUAGAGAUUUGUAUAGAGACGCCAUGCUGGUGCUCACCUGGAUGAGCUCCAACAUGGCGGACGGAAACCAACAGAAACAUCUGUUACCGAGUUUUGCUACAAAAGCGUGAAAACCAACAAUACAGGUGGUGAGAAAACGGGUUAGUUUUCAAGAUCGCAAGAACGAAAACACACCAAAAGUGGCAAUGUUUGCAGAUGACACUAAAGUAUACAAGGUAGUGAUGUCUGAGGAUGAUGGCGCCGCUCUCCAACAAAAUCUGGAUAAUCGGUCUUCGUGGUCUGCUGCCUCUGGCCUAGCCUUCAAUGAUAAGAAAUGCAAGCUUCAGACCAUUACGAGGAAGUGCAAGCCCAUCUGUACGAGCUACGAGGUUAACGGCAGUACCAUCAAGUCCUGUGAGGUAGAGCGUGACCUUGGCGUCUCCUUGGACUGUGACUUGACUUGGCACGCCCAAGUCUCUCACCAAGCUGCACGUGCAAACAAGUUGUUAGGUUUCGUUAGGAGGAACUCUAGGUUUAUUCACAGUACUUCCGUAAGGCGCACAUUAUACCUCGGGCUAGUUCGUGCUCAUCUUGGCUACGCAACCCAGGUCUGGGCGCCCCAAGGCAUUGAACUAAUUUCUAAACUCGAAAGUAUCUAAAGACGUGCCUCCAAAUUCAUUCUUUGCUUGCCUUUUUUAACAAAUAUCUCUUACAAAGAAAGACUAAUGUCUGUAAACCUACUUCCUGUGUGCUACUGGCACGAGUUACUAGAUCUAGUAUACUUUUACAAGGCUACGCAUAACAUGAUUCACUUAGAUCCGUCUCUUGUUCCCUUCGUGCGCGAAUGCGGGCGAAGGACCCGUAUAUCCGUGACGAGCUCUCAAUCUUUUGUGCCUAAAAAAUGCAGGACUUCUACCUUUCAGAAAUCUUUUCUCAUUAGAACCACUAGAAUCUGGAACCUGCUUAUUACUAGACUUUACCUAGAUAAUGUUACUUUUGAGAACUUUAAAUCUGUUCUUUACGGUUAUUACUCGCGGGCUCUAGCAAUAAACUAUGACCCGGACUCUCCUAGGAGCUUCAAAAGUAUUUGCCUGAAAUGUAACACAGCCAGGUUUUUAGACCAGGAAAUUAGCUGCUGCAUGAGAUUUAAAUUGCGACUUUUAUAUCUUUUUAUUUUUUGGGUCCGCAGUAAUUGGCUCUAGCUGUUGCGGUGUCCCUGCUAUAAUAUUUUGUUUGCAUAUCUACAGUGUUUUUUUGUUGUUGUUGUUAUUGUUGUUGUUGUUUUGCAUUCUUCAGGGCAAAGCUGAUAAAAAUAAAAAUAAAAUAAAAUAAAAUUUCCUAGCAUCAAAAUAUGAUAUUAGGGAGUUUAAGCAACUCGCUACAGCGACCUCUACUGUGCUCCCUGACCCCUCGUAUGUCUCCCUCGCUCGUGCCCAUUCUCUCUUUCGCCCACUACUGCCAAGCGCCUGCUACGCAGGCUACCUCGCGAGAUACUUAGUCUGAGCGAGUGUCCCACACCCCGCCAAUACUAGUGCAGCACACUUUCGGGCGAUUUACCAUACAUUCGGCACAUGAUAUUGAAGUUCCACUCCCUUUUCCAGUUCUCCUUUUAUUGUAUAAAUUGGUUGGUAACGUCUGUUGGUACAGUUCCUGCAUGGCUGCUACGGUAUGGGCUAGCACCGAUCUCCAGCUAUUCAUCCAUGCAAAACACCCUCCACUGUCAAGGGCCGAGUACUCCCAUCUAUUGUUAGUCAGUUUGACUUGCAAUUUCCUUUCUCUUAGUGUGUCACAAAUGCAAUACGCUUUCUGUUGGGUCUUGGCUAGAGUGCCGUCACCAUCCUCUGUAGUAACCCUUGAAUAAGGAUUCUGUUCGUGUUAAGUGUAGCUCUAAGGCAUACUUUUCAGCAUCUUUGAUGAUUGAGUGACACCCGGCCUGCACUGCCUUCUCGUCAAACUUCCUCACGGCGCUCAUGGUAGUAUCUGAGUUCUCAAAUAGCUUUAGAGAAGCUUUGAUCUUUGUGCUUUUAUACGCCGCUUCAACUGAUCGAAGGCCUCUUCACCGAUCUUUCUUGAAAUGUAGAGUUGUGCCACCGAUCUCAGGGGGCAAUUUCCACACCAUUCUCUGCGGUAACUUUACGCGCUUCUCUAUCCAACUGCUAUAAGUCGGCAUGUCUGAGUGACCGUGUCCAAGUCCACAUGAAAUUCGUUAGAAUUGGUAAGGAACUGGUUCGACGCAGCAACUCUGUGGUAGUCUGACAGCGGGCUAGACCAGAUAAUAGAUAGCCUUUGAAAGUACACCUUCCCUAUAUUUUUUCAAGAACCGUUCUGUCUUCUUGUUUUACAUUUUCCAAUACUCUCAAAAACUUGUAAGAACCCCCACAGGCAGCCCAAACUCUGUGGGAGUUCGUUGGACUUUGAAUUUUUAAGAGAAUGUAUCCUAAAUUCCAUUUUUUGACGAAAAUAGAAAUAAAAAUUACAUAUAUUGUGUUUGUGUUUUGUUAUUUACUGUCUCUUCGCCUCUAGAGUCAUUCGGAAGCCGUUUUAACGACGUUUAAGAUUUUGAGUUGUACUAACAGUAAGAAAAAUGGGAAGGCUGGGGACUCUGAAGCCGACCGUUCCAGAUCAAAGCUCCAUAAAUCCCAUAAAAAUGGUCCAAACUCGCCAAAAUUGCCUUCAAAGGAUCUGUCGAUAAAUUGUCUUUCGCUUCCAUGCUUUUGGAGUCUCAGAUUUCAUCACAGCCGCUAGCGAAGCGCUUGAUUUUAAACUUUUUCCAUCAGAGUUUUCUUUCUCGGGAUGCGUAUGACCGGGCACUUGGACGUGACGUAAUUAACGGUCGCUGAAAGCUUACGUCACAGCGACAAUUUGCCGUCUGGGGGAGGGCAAAGUGCAUCGCAAGUGUCAUUGCGAGUAGCACGGUGGAAGGGUCCCUGGGUCCAUUUGACCGUGACAAAGCGCGCCAAAACAUCACACGAGCUCCCGGCUAUUUACACACAACCGAGCGACAGAACAGUCACCUUCGCUUAUGGUCGGCCAUUUGUUUCAAAAUUAUGACACGAUCUACGUGCGGUUUUUUCCCACGUAUACUUGCAAUCAUUCCCGCUACACGAUAUACGUGCGUUUUUUUGCCACGUAUACUUGCGUUCUUUCCUGCUUUGUGGGGUUUGCGUGACCAUUUUCUUACAAACGCGUAUAUAUAUGCGUUACAAACAAGCAGGUGUAUAUGGGGCCACAGAAAGUCGUCGUAUAAGCGGCACAGAAUUAUACCGUAAGCAAAAAAACCCUUCAUGUACGAUGGAGCUGAAAAGUAACUACAGUUUGAAUCAAGCAUAGCCGCAUGGCCGAGUAAAUUUCGAGCAAGGUUUGGUUCUCAUUCAUUGCCCUCGCAGUAGUGGUUGUUGUUGGCUCCCCGACAACGGAUUUGUUGGAAUCCGUGGAUUGUCUCUUGAGAGACUAGUACGCUAUUUCACGAAUGCUGACCGAAACAACGAUCGAUUCAGUUAGAAAUAGCCCUUCUGCGGAAAUUAUUCGACAUUAGAUUCUCAUACAAUCACUGUAAUUUCUCACGCGUUUGCCUACUCGUCAAGAUGGCGUCGAAAACCGUGACACGGUCUGUUAGCGUCCGACAGGCAAACCACGACUCAUAAGCUCGUGAUAAUGUGAAACAUGACCUUGAGAGUUUUAGGGUUUCGGUUUUUCUUCUUUUCUCUCUCUCGCGCGAAUUAUCACCUUUUCUCACCUCCACGAAAUCUUUCUAAGCUUCCUAGUCUCGUAGCGUUUUAUUCUUUCCCUCCAUUCACUCUAUAAAUCCAUGUUUCUUUUUUUUGUAUUCUCACUCUUUAAUAGCCUUCCACCUGCCUCUCUUUCCUUGCUCCUCCACUUUAAUUGUGAUUUUCAUGGUUGUCUAACUCGUCCUCGUUCAACUUGCAUAAGAUGUCCCUCAGGUAUCAAUUUGCUAUUAGUUCUCAAGCCCCGAUUAUUUGGCCAAGGAUAUCCCACUGAUAUCCCCUUGACUGUCCGUAACAGCCUUACCACCACUGACUAAACUAAAAGUAACUAAAACUUUACUUUUAAAGCCUGAAUUGAAUUAGCGCAGGAUUAUCAUAGUUUAUUGUUAGUUUAUUUGUCACUAGUACUUCUAGUUUUAUCUCUGCUAUAGGACUGCUUGCAUUACUUAAUUUAUGUUUUGUAUCUUGUUUUAGUUUUGUAAUUUAGCCUUCAGUCUUCAUUUCUACGUAAAAUAAUUCCUGUCAUUUUGACCGCAGGUCGUAUAAGCCCCCGGCUUUGGCUUUACUGCGUUUGGUACUAUAAGAACGAUGGAAUAAUAAAGUUAAAGUUAAAGUUACUAACACUACAGAGAAUUACAUGCAUACUGAGUAAUCGUUUCCUGUGGUUUAUGGUUUUUUAGGUGUUCCCGAUAGGAGUUGACCUCAGAUGCAGUUGUAAAGUGUUUUAAUUUUCUUUGACCUCUGUUUAAGCCUAAAGCUUUAACUUAGUAUUACGGCUAAAUAAAGAUUUUAGUUUCUAUGGUUUUCUCCGUACAUCCAUGAUCUGCGGAAUUACUACAUGUAUGCCUGUAAGUUUCUUUGUCCGCAAAUGUGAUUAUACCCUGCUAUGCCCGGGGGGAGGGUACUCCCUAUGAUGACCUAUACGGGGAGGCUCCGCCCGAAAUCCGGAGAGGUAAUCAACAAAUAUUUGUACGGAGAGGCUCCGCCCCGAGGUCCAACCCCUUACCCGUCGAGAAAGCGUUCUAUAUUUGUGACUGAUUCCUAUUUUAUGACAGUGCGCGUUUCCAGCAGUUAAAAGGGAUACAAAGUUCUAAGCAAGGUAUGUGAAAGGAGUACCAUUUGUCAAUAGAAGGUAUCCGAAAUCAUGAAAAAUGGUAUAUAAAAGGUUAAGGGGGGCCUCCGCCGUAUAAAAAUUUGUUUAGUCACGUUAUAUAAGUGCCCGGUCAUACGCAUCCCGAGAAAGAAAACUCUGAUUGAAAAAGUUUAAAAUCAAGUGCUUCGCUAGCGCUUGUGAUGAAAUCUGAGACACCAAAAGCAUAGAAGCGAAAUACAAUUUAUCGACAGAUCCUUUGACGGCAAUUUUGGCGAGUUUGGACCAUUUUAUGGGAUAUAUGGAACUUCGAGCUGGAACGGUUGGCUUCAGAAUCCCCAUGUUAGUACAACUGAAAAUCUUAAACGUCGAUAAAACGGCUACCAAACGGCUCUAGAGGCGAAGAGACGGUAAAUAACAAACACAAGGUAAGUCAUUUUUAUUUCUCUUUUUGUCAAAAUAUGGAAUUUAGGACGUGUUUUGUUUAUUUUCAUAAGUUCUCUUAUAAAUUCAAAGUCCAACGAACUCCCACAGAGUUUGGGCUGCCUGUAAAACCACCUUCUUCCAAACUACCAAUUUAUUUUAACAUUGUGAUUAUUAUUAUUAUUAUUACUAUUAUUAUUAUUAUUAUUAUUAUUAUUAUUAUUAUUAUUAUAAGCAAGCGAAUAUUAACGUUAAAAGCCGACGUUUCGGUAUCAUCAUGACACCAUUCUCAAGGCAAAAUGGAUAAGUAAUGCGAAGAUUUGAGUUCUGUAGUCUCUACAAAUUAGCAUAAUAACAAAGGAUCACAAGUUCUUCAAGUGAAUACCUUUGCGCUAAUCGAGACCGCUUGCACGUUUAGGGAUGGUUUAAGUUUUCUUAUAAAGAGCAUCUCCUUAAUUAGGCAAUCAAAUUUGUUAGAACCUUUAGUGAGCACGUGAAAUUGUUCUGAAAGAAAAGGUGGUACGUCCGAGUUAUGUUCGCUAAGAUAAUAUUAUUAUUAUUGUUAUUAUUAUUAUUAUUAUUAUUAUUAUUAUUAAUAUUAUCAUAAUAAUAAUCAUUAUCAUCAUUGUUAAAUUAUUAUACUACAGGUAGUGACAGCGUGCAAGAGUUAUUGUUGCAGUUACCGUACUGUUCGAUGUUUGGAGGCCGACUGCAUCGAGAUUUCGGUCAAAAUCAGAGACUGUGAACAACCUGUAUUGAUCGCACGCGAAUUGCUAGAGGAGUUGGGUGAAAUGGCAAAGAGAGAGGCGGUUAAGCAUGGUUUUAAAUUUAGUGCUGCGGGAUUAGCUACAAUCGGUAAGAUUAAUUUUAAAUUAAAGAUUUUCGUGCUCGUGAUUUUGCAACGGACACUUCCGACUUAAGUGCGCGAAUUAGCGACCGGGGCGCUGAAAUUAAAUUCUCCCAGUGAGACGAGAAUCAGCGAGCAAGGGGGGCUAAACUAAUUUUUUUUUUUUGCUUACUGUAAAAUUGACCUGUAUCAAGCGGUCACCUUUUCCGUGAGUCCCAGCUAGUUAUUUAUUAUUUAUUGCCCUCACCUCUAUUAAACGGACACUUUUUAAAGACGUGUCUUUACAAAUUCAUUAAGAUACACUGAGUAUUGCACUCACCGGUCUUUUACUCCCUUUCGUUUGGCACAAGAAGAGGUUGAAAAGUACAAAGACGUCAAUUUGUCUUGUUAUAGAUAUUUUGAUCCAACUGGAUCUACUACCGCUUACCUAUGACCGCGUUUCUAUUUUUUUGUGUGUAAGUCGCGGGCAUAAUCGACGAUCCCGGUGAUAAAAAUCACUUGGAAGCGCCUGUUGUAAAUCAGUUAUUUAUCAGUCCUCCUUUUUUAAUCGCAGUAUUAAAUUAUGGAACUUAAUUUGUUAAUUAAUUCAACCCGUGACUUUCUCAGCAUCAAGGCUUUUAAGAACAGAAUCAGAAUAAAUAAAUUGUACAAUUAAGAAAUGGAAAACGUGCAGCGUGCAACCAUCGAGUUAUGGAUGCACGGGGGAGGUUGGUAAGCACGAAAGAAGCGUAAGAGUCGCCUUGUGCAACUCUAGCUUCUUGAGUGCUUAGCAAACCUCCCAAGUGCAUCCAUAACUCCAUGGUUGCUCAGCUACAACGUUUGUCGGGACAAACGAAACUGUCCGUAUAAAGCGGGUGUCCGUAGAGCGGGAUUCCACUGUAUGGCGAAACAGGACAAAAAAGCCCAAAAGCAAAGUCCACGUUUGACUACGAUUGUUUGGAGAUUUGGCUGCAGACCUUUUUGUAAAAAUAACACAUGCGCCUUGAUUGUAGCCGCAGCAAAAUUGAUCGCCCUGCAUCUCUUUUUCGGCACCGUGCCUUGAUUACCCCCUCAGGGAUUUCGCCCAGAAGGCGAAAUUCCGAGGAGGCACUUUAGUAACUCGCGCGUAUAUUAUGGAAAGUACUUACAGUUGAAAUAUACAGUCAUACAGUCAAUAUAGAGAAAAUCUCGAUUUGCUUGAACAGGGGUCGCGAGGAAUCGGAAGGUAAUGAGGACGUUUCUAUUGUUUGCGCCCGCAAGUACGAAAUGGUUAGGAUGACGUAAAAACAGAACAUCCCCAAGGGACCGCUUAGGUAGAUUUUGGGACAUUUAUUGUACAGUCAUACUUCGACACUCUUUUGCUUUACGUGUUAUCUAUGACAUUCUGUGGAGCAGUUGUUUCAGUGAAAGUUAUAGACCAAAAUUUUAACGACACUCGUUAAGCGCAGAAGAAGUUAUAAGGUGCGUAUAACUGUGUAUAUAUAAACACUUGGAGAGUUUGCAAGACACGAGUUCACAAAUCUUUCAUUGGAAACCUUGCCAGACACUCUUUCUCUAUCUUUGACCGGAAUAGGACUCAGCCCCAAACAAGCAAGACGAGUGAACAACGGCUAGCUUCUCACUAGCAGAACGAUGGACGAUUACAGAAAUUCGCCGACAAACAAAUUCUGUGCUGACUUAUUCCCUACUCACAGAUGUCCUUCCGCUUUAAAGUUUAAAAUAAGACUAGAAUGCGCGAGUGUGAAAAUCAAACGUCCUUUUAAUUUCUAAGGCUUCCUUUCCGGCAAAUAAGAUGAACUGAAUGUAAAAAGUGAAGGAGAAAUAGCGAAAAAAUUCAACUUCUAAUUACAUCUUUUCUUAUGGUUUAGAAUAAACUAUUCUCGAAACUGAGAAUGUUUUGAUCAAAGACGUGUGUAAAUCGACCUGAAACUGUGCAUGGAACCUUGCGUUUCCUGUAUCUAUCUCACCUAUUGUAUGGAAUAUGUCUGAAAAUCUUCCUUAUGAAUCGGUAUAUUUCAAAGAGCUACACAACGAGCAAGAAUGCUAUUGACCGACAAUAUACAGAGCGGGGGCAGCUGUAUUGUCAACUAUUACUAGUUUAGAAGUGCUGAGACUACCCCCGCAAGGUAGUCUCAACACCCCUUAGAAGUUAGAGCACCAGUGCCAAACUAAUUUUAGUACGGAUGCGUUUAUACGUCGGUCAUUGUGAGUGCAGUGCCCAAAAAUUGCCAACAUGGUACCAAAAAUUUGGGCUGACGUGCCGAUUUUUUUCUGGGCGUGUAAAUGGGUUUUGUUACGUUGAAAUCGGAAAGUCUGGGCGGCCGGCCGGCUGGCUACGUAUUUUUCACCCUAACGACAUGAAUUUCCGCCUCUUAAUCAUAACAUGUUGCAUGACGUAAAAAAGAAAACCAAAAUAAGGUUCCCGAAGUAAUUCUUGUGCUGUCUCAUUCAAUAGCGUUUGGUUAUGGUGCGUUACAAGCAGGAAACACUCUGAGAGGGGUUAUCUAUGGUGCCGCCGCUGUAAGCUCUGGAGUGCUCUGCUACAAUAUGGCAAAGAAACUAGGUGGCUUCAAACACGUUUGGGACGAGGUGAAUACAAAGCGCACCCAGUACCGAGAAAUACACAUGGGGCUGGAGAGCCUAAAAGAAAUGGUUGGAAGAGAACUAAAGGAAGGUAUUCACCUCAUCGGAACACCCGACUUCUCCUUGCUGUUUAUUUUGGUAAUAUUGGUCGCCUUUUGCGCAAUAAUGUAUGCUUUUUUUACCAGGGUUCGUACAGAGUCUUAUUGAAAUCUUGAAAAGGUCUUGAAAUUUGCAAAGCAAUUUUUCAGACCUGGCAAAAGUCUGGAAAAAUUGUAAACAGUUUGGAAACUUUUUUCCAAGCUACAAUGAGUGCUUAAUAAGUGGAUUUUUCCCCCUUGCUCAAAUCCCAUUGAAUCUUCCCCGUAACCAAGACAUUCAAUCGCAGAAUGAGAAAUUUUAGAACUCUCGUAUUUCCGCAUUGCAUCGUGCAUGGUUACUGUUCCGUAGCGGUACAUCAUCAAAAAAAAGCUUGGUUCUUGCGCUUUUCAAGGUACGUAUCUGUUGCAUGAUAACCUAUUUGGUAAGAUAAGAUUCAAGAUAUAUUUAUUAUAUCACUUCAGGAUAUCUCAAAUGAUCAAAAAUAAAACUACCGUAUUUACAAAAUCAUUUAUAAUCACGUGAUGAAAAUUAAAAGAAUUUAAUAUUGUAAUAAGCUAAAAGUAAGGUAUAAGAAUAUAUACAAAAAGAAAAAGCAAUAAAAAUUAAAACAAGAUAUUUGCAAC